CGCUUUAAGACACAACUGGCGGCCGCUGGUGCUUCAGUGUGUGUGUUUUCACCUGCUCGUUUCCCGACUGAAAGCGAGGGUCCGUCCCGUCUGCGUCUGUCUCGGAGGCUCCGGCGGCGCUUCGUGCGCUUCGUGCGCUCUUUGCGCUCUCUGGUCGUUAGUUUGCGCAGAGACGCGGAUCCGGCUGAGUUUACCUGAAGGAGGCUGGAAGAACUGAGUCCCGACGGUGCAGCUUCAAACCCGACACACAUGGAUGUCAAGAGCAGGAGGCCCAGUGAUGCUGCCCACCUCAGCCUUCUCAGCACUAAGUAGCCAGCAGAGCCGCCACCCCAACACCCCCGAGGAGGACGAUGAGACCAUGAGCGCGGUGCAGCAAGACGCCGGCACCAAGCACAAGCUGGACCCCACUCCAGAGGCCUUCGACGGCCGCCUCCGCCUCCGGGACGACGCCACGCCAUCCGAUUUCUCCCUGUUCGGCAGGCAGAGGCUGGACCGAGGGCCGGAACCCAAACACGUCCACCUGGCGCCCCAGACCAGCUCCAGCUUCUACUCGUCGCACGCCCCCCAGAGCCUGCCGGCCGGGUACGGCCAGCCCACCCCGUUCCCCAGCCAGGCCAACGGCAGCCGCGGCUGGUUCCCCCCGAGCAUCGCCAGCAGCGGCUCGGGCUACCCCAACAGCCUGCCGUCCCGCCUGAGCCAGGAGGACGACGACAGCUGCCGCUGGGAGAGCUGCCCGUCCCGGAACAAGUUCCUGUCCCUGGACGGCGGCCACAGCGCCUGGACCAGCAGCCUGGAGCAGCCGCUGUCCCUGCGCUCCAACCCGCCCUCGGCCGAGCCGCGCCACCACACGCUGUCCCCGUACGCGUGCUCCCCCCAGGGGGCCGUCUGCUGCGCUCAGUGCCCCCCGGAUGCCUUCCCCCGGGUGCCGGCGGCCGACGAGCUGCCCUGGCCUCAGCGCCGCCCGGCCCACAGCCCCUACUAUCCGGGCGACUGCAGACCUCUCCGGGGCGGAUUCACCCAGAUAGGCCACAGCGUGCCGGCCAAAGAGAAGCAGCCGGCCUACAGCAUGUCGCUGUCUCUGGAGCAGAGGAAAGUCUUCGUCACGUAUGAGGCCGAUAACGACAAACACAUCAACGAGAUCAUCAACUUCGUGGCGCUGCUCCGACACAACGGCUUCGACACACAUAUUGAUCUUUUUGAGCAGCAGUUCAGAAGUAUAAGCACGAUCGACUUCAUGGAGCGGUACCUGAGUGAGAAAGAGUAUCUGAUCAUCAUCAUCAUCAGUCCAAAGUACUACGAGACGGUGACGGCGUCCCCCGUCAGCCUGGAGAACGACGAGCGGACCUUCAACACUGUUUACAUCCACAAGCAGCUGCAGAACGAAUUCAUCCAGAAUGGAAGCAAGAAUUUCAGGUUCAUUCCGAUUCUGUUCCCCGGGGCGAGAAAGUGUCACGUUCCCAACUGGCUCCAGAACACACACGUUUACGGAUGGCCGCGGGAUCGGGACGACAUCCUGCGGCGCCUGAUGAGGGUGGAGAAGUACAACCCGCCUCCCGUGGGAGAACUGCCCACCAUCGUCUCCAUCCCCAUCUAGAGGGAAGCCCGCCCGCAGCGCACAGACUGGACUGUAAUCCAAGGCCGGCGGUCUGCGGAGCUGCCGCAGGCCGACGCCAGGACAAACCGACGUGCGCUCAGUGAUUUUGUGAACUGGAAGCAGCCAGGAGUUAAGUUCCACCCAUUGAAUUUACAUACAGACAAGUUAAAUGACAGAGGGUCUUAAGAGUUUAUGGCCACUGAACAACCUGAAGAUUCCUCUUGAACCAAAUUGAACUCAUCCUCGUGAAGCAGAGUGACCCUGUUUCCCUGCAGCUCGUGUGCCCGUCAGUCGCAGAGCGGACACGGUGUGAACGGCUGUAUUUUGCCGCUCCCGUUUAUGAAAUGCAAACAUUGACCGGCAGAUGAGCUUCGGCUCAGCCUGACUGAGUCUCAUCUCAGGUGCAAACUUGACGGUUAACAAACGCACCGAUUUAAUGUGAUGUUUUCUGUGGCCUUUGUUUUCUGGUGCAAUUUCUUUAAAGAAAUAAAGAAUUAUAGCCGAGGCUGGACAGUCAAGAUUGUUUCAUAUUUGGGAUAUUUUUUUUUUCUGGUAAUAAAUUAUAUACAAAUUAAAUAUUAUCUUUCACUUUUUGCCCCUCUUAUGUGAAGACACACUGUGUGAUUCUCCCAGCAAUAACCCACUUAAUGACUUGUCUGCAUGUUUAUUUUAACUCAUUUAAUAAAGACUGUUUGUAGUUUUGAGCACCAAAGAGAAAACUGAGCUCAUAAUUCAGGGGAACCUGUUGUGAAUUUUUCUGCAGUUCGUGGCUUUAUCAAUGUAGCUGUUCAUAGUGAAAGUGGGUGAGGUGUUAAAAAGAAGCAGGUCAACUGUAUGGUGGAGUGACUCCUUCAGUAAUGCUGUCAACAGUCGUUUCCUCGUAUUGCUUGUAUGGUCAUCUGCUGUGAAAC